AUGUCUCAGGAGCCCGGUGUGGCUUUCCCCCAGAACGCCUCCUCAGGUGGCAUGAAGCUGGAGGCGGUGAUGGAGCAGCUCCAGCGCCAACAGCAGGCCCGUCUGGAAAUGGAGCGCAAAGAGAGGAAGCUACGCGAGGCCCACAUCAUGUACGCCCAGCAGGUCGCUGCCCAGCAGGCCAUCCUGGCCGCCGCCCGAGCCUCCGGGGCCAGCUUCAUGGGCAAAGGCAUGCCCGGAGGCCAUCCUGCCAGCAGCCUGCUCCCUCGAGUCUCCAACCAGAGCAGCGUAGACUCAGAAAGAGAAGAUGACGAGGACAGAGGUCGAGAUUCUGGGGACGAGGAGGAUGACAAUGAGAUGAUGGAGGGGGACGAGGGCAGUGACGAGGACGAGGGAAGCGCCAGUGGUCUGGAGUUCCUCCGCAAGCAGACCCUCGCUUUGCAGCAGAGCGUCUCUCGCAUCCCCGCCCGUCCGUUUGUAAGUUACUCUGUGUCGGCCCCCCAGAGGGCUGCCUCCCCUCCGGUCAGAGUGAAGCAGGAACCUGAUGAGGGGAUGUCCCCUGCAGGGGCCAACGCUGCCACCUCUCCGAAUGGACAAGGCGACUGGGGAUAUGAUGAUCACUUCAGACAGAACGGCAGUUCUGGGUGGGCAGAUGAGGCUGACAGUAGCAGAGGAAGAGGAGAAGCCUCCAGAGACUUUGCAAAGCUGUACGAGUUGGACAAUGACCCCAAAAGGAAAGAAUUUUUGGAUGAUCUUUUUACCUUCAUGCAGAAACGAGGAACUCCAGUCAAUCGUAUUCCCAUCAUGGCCAAGCAGGUUCUGGAUUUGUAUAUGCUGUACAAGUUGGUGACAGAGAAAGGAGGUCUCGUUGAGGUCAUCAACAAGAAGAUCUGGAGAGAAAUCACAAAGGGACUCAACCUGCCUACAUCCAUCACCAGUGCUGCUUUUACUCUGCGUACACAGUACAUGAAAUACUUGUACCCUUAUGAGUGCGAGAGGAAAGGUCUGAGCUCCCCAGGCGAGCUACAGGCCGCCAUUGACAGUAAUCGGCGCGAGGGUCGUCGUCCAAGCUACAGCAGCAGCCUCUUCCGCUUCUCUCCUUCUCCGAGCACAGCUCCCCACAUCCUGUCACCUCCCAAGAUGCACCUGUCCGGUCUGGGUGCAGGGACCUCAGUGACUCUCAACGGUCUUCAGGCCUCACCAGGAACCUCUUUAAAGAAAGACGACCUGGCCUCUUCGAUCAUGGCAUCGAGGCCUCCCAUUGCGCUGUCCCUGGGGCAGCAGCAAGUCGCUGGUUUGGCGAGAGCUGCCACACUGGAGCAACUCAGAGAAAAACUGGAGACUGGGGGUGGAGGAGAGGGUCCAGAGAGAAAGAUGGCCCGCCUGGCAGAGGAACAGCAGCGCCUCAUGCAGCAGGCUUUCCAGCACAACCUCCUGGCCAUGGCUUCCCACAUGCCCAUGAACCUGCGUCUGGGAGCCCCAACCAUCACCACCAGAGGUCAGUGUUGCAAUGAGAAGCAGCAGGACAUGUCUCUGAGCAUCUCAAACAACGGGAGUGCCAGCAUCACUGUCUCAGUGGAGGUUAACGGGACAACCUACUCAGGAACCCUUUUUGCCCAAAAGUCUGCUGGGGCCCCGGGGCCCGCUGUGACGGCUGCUGCUGUCUCAGCCUCUCCUGCUGGAACCAGCGCAAGCUUCAGUUUCUCUGCACCGCAGGUUCAGACCCUGAGCCCCGCAGCCUCCUCCACAUCCUCCUCCAAGGCUUCUGGCUCAGCUGAGCCGGCUUCCAGCGGGUCGCCCUAAUCCACGCUUCGCUUUGUACCCGCUCCCCAGGCCUCGUUUCCUCCUACAGGCCCCAGCAUGAAAAUACAGUACAAAGAGAAAUCAAGUAGAAUAAGAAACUGUUGCACAACAAAUACCUCAUCAACCCUGUCAACCUCUUGGCUGUCGAGUCGUGAACGUCGAUCCUGAGAAAUAUUACAUGACAUCACUGCUAUGCAUUAAAUCAAACACACACAUUCAUACACACAGACACAAUCUACACACACUUUUAUUGUAGUGUACAUGCUAAACACAAUCAGCUCAGCCAAAACCCACUGACAGGUGUAUUCACAACUGAACUUGAAAAGUUUGAUCUUAGAACAUUUUGUUUGUUUGUUGCCAUUUUGUUGUCUUUUUUUUUUUUUUUUUUGAUUUUGUG